AGCCCCCGCUGCCCGGCUCCCAGCGGCCGGGGGGCUGCGUUAGGGCCCGGCGGCCGGGCUCGGCUCGGCACGGCCCGGGCGGCGGCGAGGAUGCAGCACCCGCUGGAGCUGGGGGCUGCGCACUACUUCCCGGCCGAAGCCUUUCCCGACCACCGCUCGCACCGCUAUCGCAGUUUCAUGAUUGAGGAGAUCCUCACCGACCCCCCCGACGCCAAAGGCGCGGCGCCGCCCGGGGAGCUGCUCAAGUUCGGGGUGCAGGCGCUGCUAUCGGCGCGGCCCUACCACAACCACCUCGCCGUUCUGAAGGCGGAGCCGGCGGCAGUCUUCAAGUUCCCGCUGGCUCCCCUGGGCUGCUCGGGGUUGGGCUCGGCGCUGCUGGCCGCCGGCUCGGGGCUGCAGGGCGGCUCCGCCUCGCCCCACCUCCCGCUGGAGCUGCACCUCCGCGGCAAGCUGGAGCCGGGCGGCCCCGAGCCGGGCAGCAAGGCCAAGAAGGGCCGCCGCAGCCGCACCGUCUUCACAGAGCUGCAGCUCAUGGGGCUGGAGAAGCGCUUCGAGAAGCAGAAGUACCUCUCGACGCCCGACAGAAUAGACCUGGCCGAAUCGCUGGGGCUCAGCCAGCUCCAGGUGAAAACCUGGUACCAGAACAGGCGCAUGAAAUGGAAGAAAAUAGUGCUGCAGGGGGGAGGCCUGGAGUCCCCCACCAAGCCCAAGGGCCGCCCCAAGAAGAACUCCAUCCCCAGCAGCGAGCAGCUCUCGGAGCAGGAGCGCGCCCGGGACGCCGAGAAACCCCCCGAGAGCCUGGGCUCGCCAGCUGAGGUCAGCCAGGAGGAGUGAGGGUACGGCCCGGCCCCACCGCCGCCGCCCGGGUGCGCGGGGACUCCCAGCGCCGCGCCGGGCCCCGGAGCGCGCAGCCCCGGGCGGGAGGAACUCCGUGUGCAGCGGCCCGGGCGGCAGAGGACGGGGGCAGAGGGCGGUGGGGCCGCGGUCGGAGCACAGAGCGCACGGCUCGGGUCCCGGCCCUGAGAUCCACGGUGCGGGGCGGCCGGGGGGCACCGGGUCCGCCCUCGGCGUUGCUCGCUGCGUGAAACCCUGUGGUGCCCCCAGUUACUCGAAAACUGCAUUUUAUGAUCGGUUUUAUUAAUGCGAAGAUAUUUACUUUAUUUCAAUAAAGUAUUUUAUGGACUAUUGCUCUGAGUAAUGCUUUUUAUUUUCUUUUUAAUCGUUUCUUUGUAUUUUUGGUUUUGUUUGUUGUUUUAUUUUUUUCUUCGUUCUCGGCCACGCGUCACACCCGGAGGCCACCCGGGCCUCGGCCGCGCUCAGAGGGGGAGACGAUGGUCGUCAUUUCUCUAAGAAAUGCGUCAUUGCUGUCUAACAGGCGGCUGAGAUGCGGCGGCACACCUAAAUGCCGCUUUGGGGAAGCGCUGUUGGUGCCGCUCUGGGCAGAGCUCGGGCACAGGGAGCAGAAAACUUCCACCUACCCCCGGGCUCUGCGCUCGUUGAGGCGACGUAGCAAGGAGCCGUGGCACUGUUUCAUUUUUAAUUUUCUGAUUCCUUGCUGUACUUUUUUUUUCCGUCGAAGUUUCGAACGAUAGAACAUCUACAGCGACAUGUAAUUAUCAUCGUCCUGGAAAAAAAAGAGCAACAACAAA